AGUGUCAUGUCAAUAACUGGGUUGGUGUGGUUUGUUUAUCUUAUUUUUAUUUACAAACACUGCAUAAUGAUUUUAUUAGUUUUUAAAAUACCAUAGAUAAAAUGUUUUUGUUUAUAAAUUGAGAUUAAUUUGCUUUAAUAGUUGACAAUUAUUUACAUAGGACCUUACAGAAAUUGACUUCUUUGAAUCGAAAUGGAGCAAGGGGAAGGAAGGGAAGAUAAGAAGUCUGAAGAAACUCAGCAACAACUUAGUCCAAACGCACUGAAAGUUGCUGCUGCAGAAUGUUUAAAUAGCUGGAUUCAUUAUUUACAGAUGUUAAACAGUAUGUGUGCAGCUGGUCUGCGCCUAUCUCAAUCCCUGAAUAAUUUAUCUCAGAUGCAAAACAUUCCUUUUGCUCUGCAAUGCCAGUCUAGCUGGGAAGAACUGUCAAAAUCAACUGCAAUUGCUAGUAAUUCUGUCAAAACCCAUAUAGCCAAUGCCAUGCAGGACAUGAGCAUAGGCGAUACUUUUACUGAAGGAGAUGCUCAAAGGCAACAAGAACACAAUCAACAGAUCAUCACUGAAAACUUACUGGCUUUUGUUAAUCUCCAAUAUCAAUUUUCUAUCGCUGGCUGUGAAAAUUUUGGGUCCAUGGCCAUGUGCCCUUUGUGUCAGACUGCCCCUGGUGGGAUUCAUAGUUCUGAGUGUAGCUUGGCUGCGUUACAACAAUGUUUUAACAGACUUUAUCCACAGGAAUCUUCUUCACAACGAUCAAGCCCACAUUUACCAUCCGAACGGAUGGAAAGUCCCAAAGGUCACGAUAUAUCCAGGGGGGAAGUACCGAGACAGAAAAGUCCCCAUUCCGAAAGAGAACAUUCUCCACAUGCCGAGGGAAUCCAUCGUGGACAAAGCCCGAUUCAUGUAUUUGGAGAUGGUAGUAGCAAAGGGGUAGGACCCUUGGAAACACUAAGAGGUACAAGUCCUUUUCCUAUCCCAGGCCCUCUUCAUACCAUGAAAUCGCCAUUUCCUGGCCGUGGUUCGAGAUCCCCCCUUCAUUUCCCACUGUUUCCCUUAAGUUGCCAACGCAGAUGGUCUGAAGCGGGAGUUGCCGAUUCCUCUGGAGAGAGUGGUGACGAACAGCGACGAAGAUGGUCAAUGCCUUGGGAUUCAGCAUGGGGAGAGUCGGGUAGCCAAGGACAACAGAGAUAUUUACCAUCAAAGUUGGCUGUUCCAUCUGGGUAUUCCCAAGAAAAAAGUCGAAGCACUACUCCAGUUAUUUCCGUUAUAGAAACAGUUCCCUCACUGCCACAACCACCCUCUGCAGGCCCUGGUAUUCUUCCCAGUACCGAAGGAUUGGCUGAAGCAAUUCAUCUAUUGUCCUGCCGGCCAGCGCGGUGCUCAAUUCCCCAAACUGCAAGCCAGCACUAUAUGCCUCAUUGGGGAGAGACACACGAAGAAAGAAUGCACAGACGAAUGAUGUAUCCGGGACCAGCAUCUCAAAGGGGCAACUGGCAAUCCAUAGAUGUGCCACAUUCUAGCGGUAUGUCAGUUACAGAGCAUUGUGAUAUUUUCCCAUCCGGAUUACCAUUAACUUCGCGAAAAAGUAGCUCAUCGACUGAUUCGUCAUCGUGCUUGUCUAUUCACAGCAGAUCUACGACUAGCUCUUCGGAAAGGGGAUCUGCAAGUGAAGCUAGUGGUGCGGAAGCUAUCAGAAUACACGCAAAUCUUUAUUCGAUGUGGAGUGGUAGCGAGCAUUUACCGUUUAUACGUCUACCCGAAUCACAAGAACCAUUAGACGAUAGCGAUACUGACGAUCCACCUACUGAAAAAAGUAUUGGUGUACAUUUUCCAAAGCCUACUUAGACUUUUUCCCUAAUUAGAUAGAUUCCAAAUUACUGAUUUCUUGUUCGAUUUGUCAAAGAUACCCGAAUAUCAUGUUUCACGUACAUGAUUGUUUGAUGUAAUCGAUAUCUGGUGGUGUGUCGAUGUUUAUUAUAGAUGUCUGCGAAUGGUUUUAGGCUGGUCCUAAAACUACAUUUUUUAUAGUUUUUAUCAUAUAUGACUGUCAUCUUUAAAAUUCGUGUAUUUAUGAACCAUUUCUUUUAUAGAUGAGGUAACAAAAAUAAAGAUUUUUUUCUGAAAAAUGGUUUUGACAGAGCCAAUGGACCGUGAUAGUGACGUCAAAAAGGUUUCCAAACAAAACAAAGAUGUGUCAAUUGAUUACACACGUGGUUUGUGUAAUAAUUUGUAUUUUUAUUUUGUUUUAAAAAUCAUUUGCGUUUGAUUAAUUGGAAUAAUGGCAAAAAAAGUUAAUUAAAAUUAAUGAAGUUUUGAACUGUUUUAAAGAUAUUUCAUAUAAUAUUUUAGUACUUACGAUAUAUCAAAUGAUAAUCAAUGUUUUUGAACAUCAGUCUCUUUCAGAAACUUAAAAGACUAGCAAGUUCUCCUCCUUGAGCAUUACACAUUACAAUUUACAAACACAUUACAAUUUUGUAAAAAUUAAAUAAAGUACAUACAAGCAAUAUAUUCCAUUUAUAAAAACGAAAAUAAAACUUAGCCGCAAAAACCACGUGUGUCUGACAGCUGUUUAUUUUGUUUGGAAACCUUUUUCAGAGUAGCCAACAUUGAUUUGACGUCACGACUCUCACGGUCCAUUAGCCAGACUUGUUUUUGAUUGAUUGCAGUCAUACUCAGAAAUUUCUUAAGAAUAAAUUGUAAAAUACUCUUAUUUUAACUUCAACUCAUAACAAUAACUCUACUGAUAAUACACAAGCAAUCAAAAAACUGUAGAAACUGCGAACUAAAAGAUCUUUUGUGUAACAACUACAUAUGUUUUGGUCUAAUAGAUCUAAACUUAUUACCUCAGAAUUAGUAGACAUUUAUUAAGAUAACCUAUUAUCUGGUUUGAAGGUAGGUUUGGUACCUGAUCGGAUUUUGAAUAGGCACGUUCAAGUGUUGGCGAACAAUUAUGUUGCAGACAACUUGUUAGACUGUUUCCACCGCACUUGCUAUUUUACAGAGCUUAUAUUUUUCAUUCGGUUCUCAUACCGAAUCCCGAGGAUAAAUAACCGCAUUGCCAAGUUAACCUGGGAGAAGGUCCUUGGUAUUGUAUGGUACAUCCGGGUAGGGCCCACUGUGAACCGUUCAGACACUUAGCCCCGGCGCAAAUUGAUCAUAAGCGAGACACAGCCUGCACGUGGACAGUUUUGUGAAGCACGCUUAUAAGCGAGAGACCGCAAAUUGAACCCAUCUUACGAUCAGUGCAUGCUUUCGCAGGUCUCGCUUGGGAACGUUUGUCAUCGGCGUACAGUUUUCUUGGGUCGUGGGACGCGUGACUCACCGCCAGAUGUUUAUUUUUACCUGUUGUUGCUUGAACUCGUUCGGGAUAUACCCGUGGAAACACGACGUAUGGGAGAAAAUAGGAAAUGAAAUGAAUACGGAAUGGUACCUAAGUACAAUUUAUUGUGAUAAAUAAAAAUGUUAGCAUAGUCAAAACCCCGAGUGAAAACGGCUUUGUCUUUGUCAUUAGAUAUAACUUUAUUUAUUUAAUUACUAGUAGACUAAAUAAACGGUGAUACGAAAUUAAUAAUGAAAGUUAUGCCUUUACAAUAACACAUUACAUAUUAGAAAAAUAAGGUUUCUUUAAAAUUAAAUAGAAUGUCACAAAUAAUGAUGGCGUAAUCCCCUUUCAAUAGGUAUAAAAAUUUUAUAUAAUUCCUUAAAUCUACAGAUUAUCAAUGAAAAGUGAUUCAUGUCACUUAAAACCGUGAUCAAUAAAAAUAACGUAUUAUAGUCGGUUCGCUAAACUCAGACACAACUGGCUAGUGAUUUUAGUAGGUAAUUUUUUUGUUUUUGGCCAAUUUUGCUAAAAUUGGCAAAAUUACUAAUUGUUUAGUAAUUAUUAAGUAGUUAGUAUUUUACAUAAUUAAUUAAAUUUGCAUAAUUACUUCUAAAAUCAAUAGCCAAUUGUGUCUGAGUUUAGCGAACCGAUUAUACUCUCUAAUUCAACUUGUCGGCAUAUUACAUUUUUGUUUAUGCUUAAAAAUUAACAACGAAAUAUGCAGAUAGUGUUAAUUUUUAUGACCGAUCAGUAGCGGAGGGAUUAUUAAAUAACCCUGAGAUUAUUUUAAAUAUGGGUGGUUCGCCAAAAUAAGCGGCAUAUUGUGUAACUCGCUUUUUUCUUAAGUCCUUUACAUACUGUGUUUCAAAUUAUGUUGCCAAAGUUAAGUUAUACAAUAGAUGAAUGGAAGCCACUUAACAUUAAUUUAAAAAAAAAAGUAUUUUUACAAGUAUUUUAUGCAAUUCUAAUGCCAAAAUAUCAACUCCGAGGCUGUAACCCACCUUGUUUUUUGACCUGUUUUAUAGUAUUGCACACUGAGAGGUUACAAAAGUGCAGAUUAUUUUAUCAAUAAUUAAUUAAAAAUCCAAUGUAAUAUAAAACUGUCAAAUUAAUAACUUUCAUUUUUAAAAUUAAACCAUAAAAAUCUACUACUAAAAACUGUAACCAACUUUGUGCAUCAACACCGAGGCUUCAUGAAAAUAUAUGAAAAUUUAAGCCAAAUUGCACUAUACUGUAUUACAGGCAGCUUAACAAGAGAGGACCGCUUCAGUCUAACCGAAAUUGUAGAAGAAAGUGGACGAACAUGAUAUGGUUAAGCGAUAGAAAAUUUUUCAAAGUGUCUUAAGCUGAGCGUAUGUUUUUAUACAGUCAACACCGAAGCCUUCGUAAAAACUUAAUUUUGCUAAUUUUUUUAAUAAGUUUUUCUUUUAAGUAUGCGCUAUAAAGUUAUCUUGACACCCCAUGAAUAAAGCAGAAUUAUUUUUAAUAUUUGUAGACAGUAGAAUUAAAAAUGUAUGAAAUCAUCAACACCGAAGCCAUCAACUCCGAAGCCCAGUCGUGCCUCGGAGUUGACGAACGUGCCUCGAAGUUGUUGAAAGUGUGUGAGUGGUCAUUCUUAAACUAAAAAAAUACAAUUUAAAUUUAGUCUGAUAUAGGAAAAGGGUUACUGGGUAAGCUCUCAAGAUGUUUCGGUCGGUUUGGUAAUAUUAUCUUCUUUUUAUAGAAAAUGGCUCGUAUACACUGGAGUACGACGGAAAAAUGAAGGCGAAAACCCCCAAAAUCGUUAAAUAAAGAUUUUAUGAAAGAAAGUGAUAUUUUAUGCAGCUAUGCUUAUUUCUGUAAGAAUAUACCAUUUUGGGUAGUCUUCUCUAAUAUUGAUAAAAGAGACAUCUGUCUAUGUAUGCACAUUAUGUGAAAGCAUGGAGCUCAUGCGUGGAAGCGGAUAACAAAUCAUUAUGUUGCGCAGAAAAGACAGAAGAAUGUAUAGAAAGGAAAUGCCAAGAUUGUGUUCAAAAGCAGAUUAGAUUUUUGAAGUUUAACGGAGAAGACACGGCUACAUAUUGGAAAGUUUUGUCAACACGAAGGCCGGUCUAAAUCAACUCCGACGCAAUUGAUAUUACCUAUUUUUCAUAAUUUUCUUUAGUAGUUUAUAUCAAAAUGGAAGUGUUUUGUUUAGUUUUAUUACAUACCAAUUUUUAUUUAAUUGUUACGAUCAUAAAUUUCAAUUAACAGAGAAUUACGUGAACACCGUGGACACUUAGUCAACUCCGAAGUCACAUUUCCGUUUUUCGGAAAAUAUUUAAAAAUGAUCUCUGCUGGUAUCAUGGGUAAGUUGAAUAGCUCAUUUUAUAAAAAAUAUUUAAAAAUGAACUAAUUCUAAACCAUGUUUUAAAUUAAAUUUCUCUACCUCGAAAUUGCCGUCUAUUUUGGCGAAUCACCCAUAUGUAGGUAUUAUGUGCAAAAAUAAAAUACUUAGUGUAAGGUCUCUUUUUGUGCACCCGCUUAUGAACAAAUUCGAUAUUUUCGAAAGUCAUACCGCUAGUACUGGGGACGUGUAAGAUAUUUAAAACGUUACGAGUUACAAGUACGGAAAUACCGAUUUAAAGUUGCCUACUCAAUCCAGUACAAGGAUGAGAUAUUGUACAUGAUGAGAUAUAAUACAUCAGUAUUUGUACUCAGUACCACUGAGAACCGGUAUCAAAAGUAACCGUUACACGUCCGCACUGAUUUUGCCCGUCUCUAUUUCCAGCACUGACAGCCAACGCUUGGGUUAGAUUGUGUUCAAUAUGCAGUCCGCUAGAAAAAUAAAUGCACUGGUCAUCCGCCCCGCCGGCGCAGGUUGUGUCUCGGUUAUGUUCAAUUUGCGCCGGGCCUUAGACCUCCUACGGCGGAUCCAUUGUAUCACACCUCCUCUCCCUUCCAUCUCAUCCAUAAAAACCUGUUCUUAAGCGUUUUUGGGUCCCAGGCUGCACCGGCCUCCCAUGUCUUGUCAGAAUCAGCAGGGCCUACAAAUCUGAGCUCCUCCUGCAGCCCUGAACGUCUACUCGUUCAGCAACCUUAUGGCCUCACAAAAAGCCACAAGUCUCUUCAAAGGCAACUCCAUCACCUGGCUCGGCUGCAUAAAAGGAUCUGCCUCCUCUGAUAGGCGAAUGCCGAGCACUGCCAGAGGACAUGUAAGGAGGUUUCCUCCUCCUUAUCACAUAGACGGCAGACGGCACCGUGGGCCAUCCGCCUAUCUAAGCAGAUAAAGGUGGCCGCCGGAGUCAACAGUGUCCGAUGAUCUCUUAAUCAGACACUUGUAUUCCACCCUGAGCCUCCUUAAGAAUCCCAGUGAGCAGGCUGACUAUGUAGUUCUCUUGGCCCUAUUGAAGACACCCCGAGUCAAUUUAUGUUGUCUUUCUAGCUGAGGUGUCCACCAAGGAAUAGCGGAACCAACUGUCCUCUGUACAAGAGGGUUCAUAUGCCGAGAUUAGGGUUCCAAAUAAGUGAUCCAGAGAGAUCUGUAUCUCCUCAGCUCCGCUUCGACACAAGGGGCGACCAACCAGGUUAUGGCUGAGCUCCUCCCGAAAGAGUCCCUAGUCUGUAACUCUUGGAUUACUAUAUGAUACAUUCUGGAGCUUAACCCAUUAGUGCCCAGAUUAUUUUUUUCCAGUUUUUAAUGUGAUGCUAAUAUUUUAUUGGGAGCAGUUUGAUUAAAAAACAUAAAAAUAAAUGAAUUUAUGCAUUCGGAUUUAUAGAUCACUCAAUAUAUUAUGACGUUACAUAUAUGUAACGCUAGGAGCUAAUGGGUGCAAAAAAUACAAAAUAUAACUGCAAACAGUUUUAUUUAUUUAAAUACGGAAAAUAAAGAAAAAGGAAUUUAAACAUUUUGGUUUGUGUGAUAGGUAACGAAACAAUCAAUACAAAGACCUACGUUACAUUUCCUACACAUCGUGCGUGUUGAACUUUUGCAAGAUGUUCCAGUACAGCGCCUUCUUUUGUCGUUUCGAAUUUUAUCCACUAGGUGUUCCAUCCUAUUAUAUCUAAUUCCAUCGACUGCUCUUUGCGCAUUAGAAGAUGGAGUUCUGCCCGUGCCUUGUGCCUUAGGCCGGUGACGAAUAUUUCUUCAAAUAAACUGGCACGAUAGCCCUUCGAAAGUCUAUUUGGGACAUCUGAGAGUUGUUUGAUUUUCGAUACAAACACCACGCGUUAUUGACUGAAACAUCAAGAAGCCAUGUAAACAAUGCCCAGUACCAUUUCCUGUUUCUAAUUUGAAUCCUGUACUGUCCAACGUUCUGAUCCAUUCGAUCAGUACCACCCAUUUUUUGCUAUAUUCUGCAAGUACUGCUGGUCUGCGAAUAACGUCUAACAUUUGUUAUUGGAUUGAUACCAUAUCUAUUGGAAGCAAUGCAAACUACGGAAUUAUCGACCCACUUUGCUACUAGCACAGCAUCUGUCUUACUAAUAGCACUUUCAUAGUAUCCCCUUCCCUGUUUCUGAAGAUCUUUUUUAGCCAAUAAAAGACAGCUCGGUAAAUGAUUUUCUCUUAUAGUCCCCGUGCCUCCGUAUCCUUUCAAACGUAAAUAAGACAAUAAACUGAAUGUAGUAAAUAAAUUGUCAAAGUAUAUUACUUCCUCUAUAGAGUCAUCUAUCCCUUCGUAUUCUCCAAAGGCUAUAUCGAUAGCUUCUUGAACGGUCAGGCCUCUUUUAAGAAUUGCAGCAAGGCCUCUGAAAUAAAAACAAAGAAUGUGUGUGUACUUUGUACGCACAUAAGAAGUUAUACUUCUAUUAUAUGAUUUCUUAAAAAUAAAUAUACUUUAAACAGUUUGUUUUAGUUUUUUUUUAAACACCAAACUAAUUUUGUGCUUACCGCUUUCAAAAAAAUAAAAAAAAAGUAUAGGAUUGCACUGGAUUCGAACUCAAGACCUCUCGAUCUCUGGCCGAAUGCUAUACCAAAUACGCUACGAAGACUGUGUCUGUAUGGGCUCGGACGUACCUAAUGACAAUUCACGGUAACAAACAGACAAGUAUAAUAAAUAUACAAUAAAAUGUUUUAAUAAUACUCAUCUUACUUCUGAGGAAGACAAAUCCAAAGACACAAAAAUUAUAAUAAAUAUAUUUACUAAAAUCACUAAUAUAUUCUUUUCACACCUUUUCUUGCACUGAUAUAUUUAUACAUAACUAGAAAGAUUUAGCAACUAAAAGCCAUACACAAUGGCCAUACUGUCUGUGUGCGCAUGCGCGCAGUAUUAUGAAAUUUUACUCUCAAUCGCGCCUAAAGAAGUACAACUUCAAAAACAACUUAGCAGGUACAUACUGCAUUUUUAAAUUUCCUUAAGUUCUAUAAACACUCUGUAUACUAAUAUUUAAAAAAAUGUUACUUAAAAUACCAUACAAUGAAAACAAGACACAUAAUACAUCGGUACAAAAUAACUGUAGAAUAUGCUUACAUUACAUCCUAGCGUUACAAAUAUGUAACAGUCAACUUCCUAACUUAGCAACUUUUUUAUUUGAAAAAAUAUCAAAGCUUUUUUACACAAAAAAUUUGUUUUCUAAUAUUAACUUUAUUAUACAAAAUGAGAUUUAUAUACUUACUCUUUAUCGACGAAGUCCAUUAUUUGAAGCUUUAUUUGUUUUGUUAUCCUUUAUCGAGGCACAGAUUCAAAACAAAGUUCUAAUGAAAUAGCAGACUUCAAACAAUGUAAACACUAUAACCUUCUGACAAGAACUGAGCUGUUUUCAACUGAAAAUUUGCGACGUAUGCGACAGAGGAUCUAUUUAGAUGGCACCACUUUGCCCUUACAUAAUUGUAACGCUAGGCACUAAUGGGUUAAGAGCCUCCAGCUUAACGAGAAUGUGCCUAUGAUCUGACAGCGAGAAGGCCCUUAGAACGUCCACGAAUGCGGUGGAAAGAUAACAAAAUAUAUGGUCAGAUUUACCGACAAUGGGACUACCCACUGACCAAACUAUCAUAGACCGCCAAAGAUGGAAAGCAAGUUGUGCAGUCAGCCAAGACACCCUGGGUUGUAGGGCUACAAAAAGAAGUCUAUAUUUACAUGUGAGAACAUUUGUGCUUACUGAGUUCAAUUUUUUCAACUCUACGAAUUCUUUUACAUUGCAACCAAAAGGUUGGAAUAAGCUCUUUACUGUGUGUUGGUAGCAUAAAGCCACUGACAGUUUAAAAAAGUGUAUAAAAACAAAUUAUAAUCCUUAUCAACAUCUAGAUAUGUACUGAAAAAUAGCAAAAAUGGUAUAGACCAAUUGCAGAUUUGUAGACAUAGAGUUGACACUGUUUAAACCUCAUAAGUUGUUUAAAACCUGCAAGGUUUUUUAAGAGAUAUGAUUUUUGUUACUUCAUCAAUGUAUUUAAAUGUUUUUUCUUGUUACUGUUAUUCAUUUUAUUUUUAUAUUUUAUGUAUAAGCGAUUUUAAUGUGGAAGCUUUAAGUCAGUGUCGAUGUAGUUUAUAAAAUAUCACCCCUCGAAUCAUUUUAGUACUAUAUGGACUUGGAUCUAUAUAAUAUGACUUGCUAACGAGACUGAAAUUUGUAAUGGGAUGGACUUUUGCAUGUUCUUGACAAUUUUGUUCUAUAUAUUGACUUUUAGAACCAUCUUUAAUGUUGUUAAAUGUAUUAAGUAAUAAAAUUCUUUAUACUUA